UUAUCAGAUUACAGAAAAAUGAUUACAGUGAGAUCCAUUGAUUUCAAACGAAAAGAUGGAGAAGCAUUGAGGACUGUAAGCUUCAAGAAAAAGGAUUUGGACAAUCUUGAUGGAGCUGAUGGUAUCGACGAUCUGCUAGUUGAAGAAUCUAUAUGUUUCAAGAAAAGGAAACCAGUAAUUCAGAAGCUGAAAACUAAGUUUUCAUUCAAGAAACUCAAUAUCGUUAUUACGAACAAGAACAGUGAUAUAGUCAAUGACGCGGUAGCUUCAGUUUCUUUACCUGAACCUGAAAAUAGAACUCCUGCUAGCGAUGAUCAGCGUGAUGUAGCUGCAACUAGGUUGCAAAAAGCUUACAAGAGUUAUCGAACUCGCAGAAACCUUGCAGACUGUGCAGUGGUUGUGGAAGAGCUAUGGUGGAAGGCAUUGGACUAUGCAGCCCUACGGCGGAGUUCUGUGUCAUUCUUUAACUCUGAUAAUACAGAAAGUGCUGUUUCACGAUGGGCUCGAGCUAGGACUAGGGUAGCCAAGCUUGGAAAGGGUUUGUCCAAGGAUGAGAAGGCUCAGCAGUUAGCUUUAAGACACUGGCUUGAAGUUAUAGAUCCACGACAUCGGUACGGACACAAUCUGCACUUUUACUAUGAUGUCUGGUUUACUAGUGAAAGCUCACAACCAUUCUUUUACUGGCUGGACGUGGGAGUUGGGAAAGAAGUAAAUCUUGAUACAUGUCCGAGGACAGAGCUACAACGUCAAUGUAUCAAAUAUCUUACUCCCAAAGAGAGAGAGGCAUAUGAAGUGAUAGCGGUAGACAGGAAGCUAGUUUACAGACAAAGUGGGAAGGCAGUGGAAACAGUGGAGGGGACAAAGUGGAUAUUUGUUCUAAGUGCAUCAAGGACCAUGUACGUUGGUAAAAAGGAAAAAGGACUUUUUCAGCACUCAAGUUUUCUAGCUGGUGGUGCGGCCAUUGCUGCUGGAAGAUUGGUCGCACAUGAUGGGAUUCUUGAGGCUAUAUGGUCCUACAGUGGCCAUUAUCGCCCAUCAGAAGAGAAUUUCUUGGAAUUCAUUAGCUUCUUGGAGGACCAAAACGUAGACUUGACAGAUGUUAAGAAAUGUCCCGUGGACGAUGACAUCCCACCUCCCAGAAAUAGAGAAAAGGAACACAAAAUAGAUUGUAUUUUGAGGACUCAGAAAAUUGCUUCAUUCAUUGAUAUCAAAGAUGUGGGUGCAGUUGCGCGAACCAAUGCCAUCUCCAACACAGAUGAUAACAAAGAAGAAGAAAAUGGGGAGAAAGUUUUAAUUGUUAGAAAAGACCAUGGCAUUGAAGAAAAUAUUGAAAUCCCCAUGGCUAAUAGUUCUAGCGAAGCAAAUGUAGAUGAAGCAGCAGCAACAGCAGUUUUUGAAAUAAGCAAGCCCAUAUCUUCUUGCAAAUGGAGUACUGGGGCUGGAACUAGAAUUGGCUGUGUUAGAGAAUACCCAACAAAGCUGCAAUUACAGGCACUUGAACAUGUCAAUUUAUCACCAAGGAUUUUGGCUGCAGGAUCAUCCUUUACUAGUUAUGGUCCAAUCCCUUCACCAAGGCCUAGCCCAAACAUUCACCUAUCCCCCACUCUUGCAUAUAUGGGACUGCCAAGCCCAAGACUACACCUUUCUACUCCUCAAUAGACAUUCUUUGGACAAGGUCUUUUUCAUUGGUCCAGCAUUUUGUGGCAGGUCUUUUGACCCUAAGAUGAACCCUUUAUUUUUGUUCAAACAUUCACAACCUUUUUUCUUUUGAAAGCAAACAGUCACAACCUUAUAACAUUCUUACUCAACACCAAAUUCAUUGGUAAAUACAGCCCUUUGAUUGCAAGAAACUAGUAAUGAACAACAAUAUGGACUAAUCUAAGAUUGAUCAUUGGUUUUUUCUUGACCUCGGCAUGUAGUUUUUUUCUUUCUACAAUAUAUGUAUAUUUUCUUUUGAUGGGUUGGAUCAUUUUUAGAAGGUGCUCUAUGUAGCUCAUAAAUAAA